AUGAGCGAGGAAAAUGCGGUGCCUACACACGUCCGCUCACCUUCUUGUGGAGACAAAGUCAUGACCAAGCGAGUGAAUAGGAAAAUGGAUAUUGCUCUCUUACCAUUUUUGUCUCUGUUGUAUCUCUUCAACGGGUUGGAUCGAUCCAACGUUGGAAAUGCUGAGACGCAAGCAUUUGGCAUCUUUCAUCUAAACGAGACAAGGUUGAAAAAUUGGCAGUAUCUAUUCAUCAUAGAGGGCGGUCUCACCAUUCUUGUUGCGCUCGUGGCUUGGUUCUGGCUACCACGAGGACCUGGAUCAGCAUGGUUUCUCAAUUCCGACGAGCAGAAAUUUGUUGUUCGGCGGAUUCGAAAAGAUAACAUCUCAUAUGUCACGCACGAGUAUGGCACUGAUGGCGUGGAGCGAGAUCGGCUCACAAAGAGGGACAUUGUGGAGACGGCCAAAGACUGGAAGCUGUUCUUCCUUCUGAUUUUCAACAUUUGCGCUAGUGUACCAAGUCAGGCAUUUUCAGUUUUUAUGCCCAUGGUUGUACAAGGACUGGGCUAUUCUUCGAUACAAGCAAAUCUGAUGUCAGUUCCCCCGUUCAUAUGUGGUGCUAUUGGCCUCUAUCUCUUCGCUCUCAGCUCUGACUACCGCAAAGAGCGUGGUUACCAUAUCAUCGUUGGCAUAUUCAUCUCCCUCAUUGGCCUCAUCAUUACUGUUACCACACUAUCUCAUGGCGCUCAAUACGCAGGUUUAUGCAUACUUCUGUUUGGAAGCUACAUCUCAGCACCUCUGACUCUAGCUUGGCUGAGCGGAAAUAACCCUGUCCCAGAGCCGGGCAAACGUUCCGUGGUAGUGGGCGUGAAUGGGUUCGGCAACUUCGCCGGUGUCAUCGGCAGCCAACUCUACAAGAAAAGAUACGCACCUAGAUAUCUCACGCCCUUCUAUGCUACAUUGGGUUUCGUGGUAGCGGCACUUGUGGGGUAUAUUGCCUACAAGUUCAUCCUCAAAGCAGUCAACGCUAAGAAGUUGCAAAUGGCGAGCGGAAAGACGGCAGAGCAGGCUGAAGCGGAGAGGUUGGAUGGGACGAGAUAUGCUGAUGCAAAGUGGACAUUUCUCUACGGCCUGUAG